CUUCCUCAAACCAAAGAGAGUUUUAUCUCUAAAAUGACGCAGUUACUGAAGAGUCCUGAGGAGAACCAGAAUAACAAUCCUGGCGGGUCCUCCUGACUGUUUCUGACUGCUUCUGCUACUAUGAAGGCUGCUACCUUCUUCCUCUUUAUCAUCUGUGGGAUCUCUGCAGAACAAGAGCAACAGGAGGUGAAGGCGAGACCAGGACAGAACGUGUCCCUACCGUGUCCGGGUCCUGAAGAUGCCUCCAUCAUCGUAUUCUUUUGGAAGAGAUCUGAUCUCCCCGAUGGCUACCUGCUCUUCUACAGAGAGAACCGCUUCCAUGAGCACUACCAGCAUGCCGCCUUCAGAGGGCGGGUGGAGCUGACUCCAUCUCCUAUGAGGGACGGAGACUUCUCUAUGGUUCUACAGAACAUCAGCGCAGAAGAUGAAGGAACGUAUGACUGCCUAGUGAAAACCAGGAACCCAGGAGGAGACUCCUCUGAGUGGAGACGCUCCAUCCUCCUCACAGUGUCAGGUACAGCAAACACAGAGGGUCAAAGGUCAGAGAAGCAUUCACUGAACCUGUUUUUGCUCCGCAGGUGAGGAAAAACCUGAGGAGGCAGGAGGCGAGCCGGAACCUCCCAAGGACAGAGGAGACAAGGACAGAGGAGACGAGGACAGAGGAGAAGAGGACAGAGGAGAGAGGGAUAAAGAGGAGAAAAUUGCCGGAGGGAUUCUGGGUGUGUCCAUCUCUACUGUGAUUUUCUUAUAUGGAGUCUUCUGCGUUCAAAUUUUUGUGAUGAAUCGUAGAAGACCUGCAUGAGUCGUCAGCGGGUCGGAACCAAGUCCUGAUCCAGGACCUUCUGAAGGCUACCACUGAGAUGGAAACACAGAACAGAGCUACUGCUUAUCUGUAGCGUAUGGAGCAGACGGGGCCAAAGUUUGACU